AUGAUCCACCGCUCGCGAGAAGUCAACGUAGACGGCGUCGAUUGUGUAGUGGUAGCCAGCUAUAGCCAAUCCGACUCUUCCAGAACACCCGUCACGGUGUAUGUUAACGAGUUGAAUAACGCUGCCAUGGGAGACUAUGUCUAUGCCAUUGGGCAGAGCCAGACAUUCUUGCACCAUGGCACAAGCUCAGAGUCCGGUUCAGGUUCUGGCUCCAUUGAGUCGCUUAAUUUGCUCCUCAAUAAAAAGCUCCAGCGACCAGUGUAUCUCAAUGUGAGCGGUGCCGCUCAGGUCUCCACUGUCAGCAUGUUCCGAGCCAUCGUUGAGGUCAUAGACAAUUAA